GAGAAAACAAACAAUAAAAAAGAUGGAAUGAAGGCUUUCUUUAAACCUGGAGAAAAGAAAGGCGAUGAUUCAUUUUUAGAUGAAAAACCUAAAGAAGACAAGAAAUCUCCAAUAAAAAAUCAGACCCAAAUUCAGAAAGACACAAAUAAAAGUUAUAGUGCUAUAAAAUGUAAGAAAGCUGAAAGAAGAAGUGAAGAAGAAUUAAAGAAGCUAGGUCUGACUGUUCCUAAAACUGAAUCUCCACAAACUAAACCCCUAACUAUCAAGAAAGAAAAUGUGACGGCACCACCAUCCAAUAUGACCAAUAUAAAAAAGAAACCAGAACCAAAAGGAAGUAUAGCAACUAUGUUUGGUAAUACUAAUAAAAAGACCACAGUUAAAUCAGAAAUUGAAGAAACAUCUUCACAAAAUAAAACAGAAAAACCUAAAACUCAGGUAUUCAUGUCUUGGUUUUUUAUUCAAUAUCUAUCUUAA